UUACCAUUCUUACUGCUCUUCGCUUUCUAAUAAAGCUUGCUUAUUAUUACACUAUUGGAUAUAUUACAUGCAGUUUUUUCUCAAAAUGCUCAAGAUUUCCUCAAGAUUUACUCCAUUUGCUUUGUUUCUCCUAUUUUCAAUUCUACUUUGUUUGUGGUUUUUGAAGAAAUAUUCUCAAGAUCUUUCUAGGAUCUCUAUAGAACUUUAUGAAAAUGAGUUUUGCAUUGGCUACAAUUUCCUGGAGGCUACAGAAAAAUUCCGAGAAGACGGCUUGGAGCCUGUGACACUUGCCAUUCAUGGGACAUCCGAUGUCCUUGAAGUAGUGGAGAAGAAGCCAUCAAACUGGGAUGGGCCUAUAUCAUUCGGGAUGUUUGUUGACUAUCACUCCCAGAAGGCUCUGGAAUAUGUGGCAAUGCUUCAUCAGUGUGAUAAGGAGUUCGGGGAGAAAGUCACCGUUCACUAUGUGUUCCGAACUUCUCCUUCCCAGAUGGAUUGUCCAGUGAUAACUCCUGAUGUGUCGGUGAAUUGUGAUGAAUUUCGUCGGAAUCGAAAGCAGCUCCUCAAAGAAAUAACCUCCCCGUUUCAAAUCUACCCAAUAAACUUGAUGAGAAAUGUUGCCCGCCGUGGAGCAACUUCUGAUCUACACUUGAUAGUCGACGCUGAUAUGACAAUGAGCUCUGAUUUUGCGAGAAAAGUGAAGCCAAUCGCAAAUCGCAUAAUUGAUGGGAAACAGAGACAAGUUUUGGUAGUUCGACGUUUUGAGACAAACGAAGAUGAGAUUCCACUGGAAGUUGAGCAGCUGAAGAUGGGAUUUGAGAAUCAAAAAGUAUUCGAGUUCCAUCACAAUUUUUUCUUUAUUGGGCAUAAAAUUCCAGACGUGGAAAAAUGGUUUCACGCCUCGAAGACAGAAAAUGAAGUGACUGCCUGGGAAAUUCCAUACUCAGGAAAUGCAUGGGAAGUGCAAGUGAUUCUUCACCGGAACGACAUGUACAACGCCGAGUACUUUCCGUCUAGAAUCCGAGACAUGCAGUCUUUGAUCUACGGUCUCUGCCGAGCCAACUACACCUUCAACUUGCUCUCUCACGUAUUCAAUGUUCACCAAGGCAUCAAAGAGGAUGACACAAUGUACUCGAAAGUUGUCACAGCUCACUCGAAGCGAUAUGGAAGGAAUAGAGCAUUCUCCCGCUACGUCCAUGAGAUGAAUACUGCGUAUCCGGGAACUAUUCAGCGGUGCGGGAAGUUUGAGAUGUGAUAAUUUAUUUGAAUUUAAUUUUUCCGUGAUUCUAGUUGUUUUUCGUUGUAAUUUGAACAAAUAAAUUUUGGAUAAUCAAA